AUGUAUGUAUUUGGAGCUGAGGUCCCUAAUGGUGCUAUCAGUGGAGAAAGGGAUGCUGUUUGUAACGUAUUCCAGCUCGCUUGGUUGUUGGCGGUGAUGGUAAGAUAUAAGGUGGUAAUAAUAGUGGUAGUGGUGCUGGUGGUGGUGGCGGUGGUGAAUGAUGGUGGUAGCGGUAGUGAAGUGGAAAGAAAAAAAGGAAUUUUUGUCAUCAUGAAUUGCCUUCGUCGUUGUUAUCAUCAGGUGGGAUUGCUUAAUGAUCCUGCUGCUACUAUUAGUACUACUAAUACUGCUGCUGCUGCUGUUACUAAUAAACAGUAUGACAGCGCGCUGAUGUUCCCUGAAGUGUUUCAUACAUUUUCGCUCCGGAACUUGAUGUUGUCCUCUUCUAUAACUGCAGUGACAGCAGCAGUUCCUGUCAUGACAGCGAUAGGCGAUCGAUGA